AUUCAAAAGCUGCAACGAAAAUCGUGAGUUUCUUUGAGGCUGUAACGAAGGAUUUAGUGAUGAAUUUAAUGAAACAAAAUGAACGUGAAAAAUUGGAUUUAACGAAAGAUUUAAUGGGUGAAAAAGAACGUGAAAAAUUGGAUUUAACGAAUCGUAUUACGAAACUUGAGAAUGAUGUCAAAGACCGCACUGAACUUCUUUUACGAUCAAAGGGGAUGUGUAAUGUGAGAGGUGCUUUAGAGUUCAUUAGAUCAACGAAUCGGUUACAGGACAAAAUUAUCUCGUUUCGCGAACCUACAGACAAUGUUUUGACGAGGCUGACUCAAGAUGAAAGGUUCAUAUCAUAUUUAAAUCAAACAUGCUCACUUAAUAAUUCUCAAUACAAAGAUGUCGAAGGAUGUGUGGGUGGCCUCUAUUACACUGCAUUAAAAAAAAAAUUGCGCGGUCACGACAACGAUGUUGAAAUUUAUGCGCGGGACUGGAGUGUGAAUGAAGUAUUAGCAUUAGGUGCUCUUCUUCGUUAUUAUAAUAUUUUGUACUAUUAUUAUGAUGACCAGGGAGACUUAGCUGAAUACCCUUACAAGUUAGCUAAAUACCCUUACAAGUUAGCUGAAUACACUUACAACCCAGCGAUGGAAACGACAAAAUUGGCCACCGUCGUCAUGUGGUAUGACGACAAAAUUGGCCACCGUCGUCAUGUAGUCUGA